CGAGGCUCGCAACUCAGCUGAGUUUCAGUUAAAAAAACAAACUAUUGUUCUAUAACAAUUAAUUUAAGCCUUAUAAAUGACCCUUACAAAGGUGUAUGACGCCGCAACAGUGUUCAGGCACUUGAACGGAAUCUUAAACGUAUAUAAGCCGGCUGGAAUGAAAGUAAAACACGUUCGCAAUGCCAUUUUAAGCAACAUUUGCAAAGGUCUAAACAGCAUGGAACAGCGGGAUCUCCGAGAACUGCCCAGCAAACCUCAUCUACUUGGCACAGGAACAGCAGGGGAUGACGUACUCCACAAAAUAGCCAGCACUCCGGAUCUCUCCGAUCACAUCUUAUCCUCUGGGCCGCACUACACGCCGAGCGAUGUGCGUAUUUCCACGGUAGCACCUUUGGGAGACCACACCAGUGGCGUUCUGCUUUUCGGUAUCAACAAGGGCACUGGUAAAGCCAGCUGCAUUAAAGGAACCAGACCUGUACGCGUCUACCAUAUAACCGGUCGCAUGGGCACCGCAACUGAGAAUCACCUGCCAGACUCCCACAUUACGGUGCGUUCCAAUUUCCGACAUGUCUCUGCGGAAAGAAUAAGUGGGCUAGCUUCAUCGAUGCAGGCAUCGCACCAAAGGAAAAUGUACGAGCUCUGUGGUGUUGAUUUGCAAACACAAGCAGCUUAUGAGCUUGCAUGUAAAGGGCUCAUUCGCCCAGCGGAUAACACUCAUCCAGUGAUAUAUGGAAUCAAUUUGAUUCACUUUGAACGCCCACUUUUUACCCUUGAGCUACAUGCUAUCAACGAGACUGAAGAGUACCUUGCUGCCCUGGUCCACGAUAUGGCCCUAGAAUUGCGAACAGUAGCACAUUGUGCCCAAAUCCGCUGCGUGCGUCACUCCCACUUCGAUAUUAGCGAUAGUCUCUUGAGACAUGGUUGGCACCUACCUGGAAUCAUGAAGAAUCUGCGCCGUCACCAAGAAUUACUGCGGGAGCACCCACAGUUGAUGCACACAAGACAAGCCAAUCUGCAAGCUUAA